GAGAAAGUUGCCAACAGAUGAGGAAGAACUUGGAUAGAUCCUGCAAUAAAUUGGAUUCUGAUCUACUUCUUCCAAAAUACUAAGGCUAAAUUCCUACCAUGCUGGAUCUAUACACAGCUGUGCUUGGGCUUUUGAUUCUUCUGCCCUUGUUGGCCAAAUUUUUCUUCCCUUAUUUUUGGUUGGAUCUUAAAAAUCUUAUUGGCUACAUACGCAUGGGAUAUCGAUGCCGCAGUUACAUGCAGCACACUCCCCCUAUCACUUUCCUAGAAAUAUUUUUGGCCAGAGUUAAGAAGUAUUCAGACAAACCCUUGGUUAUUUUUGAAGAUGAGGUUUAUUCCUACCGAGACAUUGAUAGACACAGCAACCAGCUAGCCAGAGUACUGAAGGACUAUGUGGGGCUGAAAGAAGAGGAGACUAUGGCCGUUUUCUUCAAGAACAUCCCUGCCUAUCUGUCAGUUUUGAUUGGCUUGUCAAAAAUUGGCUGUACCAUGGCAUGUGUUAACUCUAACAUACGACUCAAAUCUCUGAUACAUGUGCUGAAAUCUUGCAAGGCUAAAGUUCUUCUAUCAACUCCAGAUUUCAAAGAUGCCAUUGAAGAUGUCCUGCCUACUUUAAAUGAUGAAGGGAUACGUGUUUUCUAUCUGAGUGAUGAUUCCCCAACUGAAGGUGUAGAGGCACUGCUCAAAAGGGUCAAAUUAAGUUCUGCUGAAUCAGUGCCCUUUUCCUUCAGAGCCAGUGUAACACCUAAAUCUGUAUGUCUAUAUAUUUUCACCUCUGGGACCACAGGACUCCCCAAAGCUGCUGUCAUUUCCCAGAAGAAAAUAAUAACAGCCUCCCACCUGUUUCGCCUGUCUGGUGUCCAUGACAAAGAUGUUGUUUAUAUUCCACUCCCUCUGUACCACGGAAGUGGACUCAUUGGGCUUCUGGGAAGCAUAGACAUGGGAGCUACAUGUGUUCUGAGAUCUAAGUUCUCUGUUUCUCAUUACUGGGAUGACUGCAGACGUUAUCAUGUCACUGUGAUCCAGUAUGUAGGAGAAUUGAUGCGCUACUUGUGUAAUGCACCAAAGAGAGACAAUGACCGUGACCAUAGGGUGAGAAUGGCUAUUGGUAAUGGAAUGCGAAUAGAGGUUUGGAAGGAGUUCCUGAAUCGAUUUGGACCCAUCAAAAUCCGUGAAAUUUAUGGAGCUACUGAAGGAACUGUUGGAUUCAUUAAUUAUACAGGAAAAGUAGGAGCAGUGGGAAGGACCAAUUUCUUCAUUAAGAAACUAUUUAACUAUAAAUUUGUGCAAUAUGAUGUGGAUUCAGAUCAGCCUGUGAGAGAUGAGAAGGGGCUCUGUAUCACAGUGCCUACAGGACAGGCAGGUUUAAUGGUGGUAAAGAUAAGUGAGACAAACCCAUUUGAAGGCUAUGCAGGAGAUUAUGGGAAUACAGAGAAGAAAAUUCUCCGUAAUGUCCUGAAGAAAGGAGACUGCUAUUUUAAUACUGGAGAUCUUUUGAGGGAAGACCAUGAAGGUUUUAUCUAUUUCCAUGAUCGAGUGGGAGAUACUUUCCGUUGGAAAGGGGAGAACGUAGCCACUACUGAGGUUGAGAUGACAUUGGUAGCUUUGGAUAUCAUUGAGGAAGCCAAUGUAUAUGGAAUACCAGUACCAGGGCAUGAAGGAAAGAUUGGGAUGGCAGCCAUACGGCUGAAGGAUGGAUGCCCCUUUGAUGGAAAGAAGCUGUUCAUACAUACCAAAGAUCAUCUACCUAGCUAUGCCAUACCCCGCUUCAUUCGUAUCCAGGAAAAACUGGAGAUUACAGGAACUUUCAAGCUAUGCAAAAGUCACCUGUUGAAGGAUGGAUUCAAUCCUGCCACAAUCAGUGAUCCCCUCUUCUUCCUGGAUGAUUCAGAGAAGAACUACAUACCCAUGACUGAGGAGAUCUACAGCUCCAUUUUAGAAAAGAAAAGAAAACUCUGAAAGAGAAACAUAACUGUGUUUCCUUAACAGCUUUAGAAGUGCAGUCAUUCAUGUUUUGAUUUUUUCUCAAGAAGGAAAAAGUUAUGGCCAGAAUAUUAAUUCUUCUUAAUGUAUUUGUAGUUUCUUGAGAGAUCUGUUUAAUAUAGUAGUUGGGGAUUUUUUUGGAAAUAAUAAAAUGUUGCCACUUUCUCUUGCCACAGAAAACAUUUGCUUUCAAGUGAAGCUUAUUCUGAAGAAAGGAGGAAGGUUAAUUCUUUUUCCUCUGGUGCCAUUCCUCUGGUGCCAUAUCCUGCUUUGUUUCCAGUGUGGGAGAAACUAUAUCAAAGGAGGCUCAAAACAUUAAUACAUUGUUACAAUUUAUAUCAAUACAUGUUCA